AGGAUGGUUCUGUCGGAAGAUGAAGUCAAGAACCUCUAUAGAAUCAGGAAGACGGUGCUGCAAAUGCUGAGGGAUAGGGGUUACCUCGUUAGUGAUCUUGAGAUCAACAAUACUAUAGAAGAGUUCAAGAAAGAAUUUGACAACUUCGUGGGAAAGGAUAGGGAAGAUCUUGUUAUCAACAAAUGCAAGAAAGACAAUCCUUCUGAGCAGAUCUAUGUCUUCUUCCCCAGCAAGCGCAAGGUUGGCGUCGGAGAAAUAAAAGCCUACACCAAGCGCAUGCACUCUCAGAAAGUUUUUAAUGCAAUCUUGGUUUGUCAAGAGAAGAUAACAGAGUUUGCCCAAAGAAGUAUCACUGAAAUUUCUUCCCAAUUUCACUGGGUGGUUUUCCAGGAAAACGAACUUCUGUUCAACGUAACAGAGCACGAACUUGUCCCUGUACAUCAAGUACUCACCGAUGCAGAAAAGAACGCUUUGCUUGAGAAAUACACUCUGGAAGGGACUCAGCUACCUAAAAUACAGGUGGAUGACCCUGUUGCAAAAUAUUACGGACUGAAGCCCGGACAAGUUGUCAAGAUAAUCAAGCCAAGCGAGACUGCAGGCAGAUAUGUUACCUACAGAUAUGUUGUAUAG